AUGGGACCAGGUUCCCGUGUUUGCCGUACUUGCGGUAAUCACCACGGUAUCAUCAGAAAGUAUGCCCUCAUGAUGUGCAGACGUUGUUUCCGUGCUAACGCUGAAGCCAUCGGUUUCCACAAAUUUUAUACUUUCUUGUGCAAAAGAUCAAAAGGACUUCAAUAUAAUUCAAUUCAAACCAAAUCAAUCUAG